CAAACAUAUAAGUAUAUUUAACUUACUCCUUUCGAUCUCAUAUAUAAGCAAAAGUUACGUUUAUUAUUUUCAAUAAACAAUUGUUUUAGCAUUCAAAUCUUAAUACAUGGCUGCUUCUAUUGAAACCAAUGACAAUAUUGAACAAGAUGCAAUUGUUUUUGCCAAUAACAUAGCAUCAUUUGUCGCAUUUCCUUUCGCAAUUCGGUCAGCAAUAGAACUUGGAAUCUUCAAAGUCUUAGCCAAAUUAGAGAAUGGUAUGAAACUAUCUGCAAAAGAAAUAGCUAUUCAAAUUGGAUCAAAGAAUCCAGAAGCAUCAACAAUGUUGGAUCGUCUUCUGAGGUUGUUGGCUAAUCAUUCCAUAUUGCAUUGCUCACUUUUUCAUGAUCAACACCAACCCACUUCCCCUCAAAUAGUCUACAGCCUUGCCCCUGUCGCUGAGUACUUUGUUUGUGGUCUUAACAACAUGUCAUUCAUAUCUUUCUUAGACUUAACUCUAGACAAGGUCAGCAUUGAAGCAUGGACUGGUUUGAAAGGAGCAAUCAUGGAAGGAAAUAUACCAUUCAAUAGGGUUUAUGGGAUGCAUAUGUAUGAGUAUGCCGGUGUGGAUCCUAGGUUCAAUGAUAUUUUCAACAAAGCUAUGCUCAACUUUACCACCAUACUCAUGAAUAGAGUUCUUGAAUGCUACAAAGGUUUUGAGCACAUCAACACAAUGGUGGACGUUGGUGGUGGUCUUGGAAUCAAUCUCAACCUAAUCACUUCAAAAUAUUCUCAUAUACAGGGUGUUAAUUUUGACUUGCCUCAUGUCAUAGAGAAUGCCACAACCUAUGCUGGUGUGACACAUGUGGGAGGCGAUAUGUUUGUGAGUGUGCCUAAAGGAGAUGUCAUUUUCAUGAAGUGGAUACUUCACAAUUGGAAUGAUGAACAAUGUGUGAAGCUGUUAAAGAACUGCUAUAAAGCUAUUCCCAACGAUGGCAAAGUUAUUGUUGUUGAAUCGAUUCUUCCUAUUUUGCCUGAUAAUACAAUUAUUUCCAAGACUUGUUCUCAAAUUGACCUCAACAUGAUGGUUUAUCAUGAAGGAGGAAAAGAGAGAACUAAAUAUGAAUUCAUAGAAUUAGCAUUAAAAUCUGGAUUUAGUGGCAUCAAAUUUGCCAUUUGUGUCUCUGGCAUGUGGGUUAUGGAGUUCUUCAAGUGAAAAUAGCUAGCUAGUAUGGCUUAAAUAAUCAUGUUAUAUGCUUUAUAGACUUCAUAAUUAAAUAAAGGAAAA